CAAAAUUCCUGGUUCUUCCAAGCAUUCCACGGCUGAGCCGUGGGUGCAACGCAAACCAAAGCGACUUCCCCAGCAUCUUCAUCCUAGAUCUGUCAUUGAAACGAAUGGAUCCUCUCUCUGCGUUAGCGAUAGUUGGGUUUGUUGUUGCUUCGAUACCAACAGCAAUAAGCCUGAAUCUACUCGUGGCUAAGAUCUUGACAAGGGGAUCGAAAGGCCUUUGCGUCGUCUCUGAGGAUGAGCAUGCGCAAGUCGAUAUUGUCUUUGUUCAUGGCUUGGGAGGUGAUCCGCACGAGACCUGGUGUACUCGGGACACGACGAAGAAGGUUAACUGGAUGACUGAUCUCCUGCCCGAGGAUAUACGAUCAACAACCCCUUCUCGGAUUCUUACCUUCGGUUAUUCGCAACGUCUUUUCUCGAUUCCAAGCUAUGGAUUUCUAGGAAAGAGAACCAGGCCGUCGAUUUUAGAUAAUAAGGUUAUCAAGUAUCUUCCACAGGCACUAUAUCUUCACUCGAAAGGACUCAUGGAAGAAUUGACUAUACUGCGGGGAGAAUACGCUCGUGAUAGACCGAUAAUCUUUGUAGCCCACAAUCUAGGAGGAUUGAUCGUGAAAAGUACUCUCGUCCAAGCCAGCGCCGAUGUAGGUGAAUAUAGUCGACAUAAAGCGAUCCAGUUGUCCACUACUGGAGUACUAUUCUUUGGCACCCCACAGAGAGAGACAUCAAGAAAAUCUUGGAGUAAGCUAUUGACUAGAAUCUUCACUGUCUCCCUAGAGCUCCCGGCAAUAUCUCUUGGAGAAUCAAUCACAGCGCAAGCUGAGCUUUUUGAUCUGCAAGUCCAACGAUACAAAAGCAUCGAGAUGAAUUUUCAAAAUUAUGCUUUUUACGAGAAGUACAUGACACAAAAGGAGCCCUCGGUUAAAUUAUACGUUGUUCCCGAAGAAUCUGUGCUGCCAACGAAUGCUCGCCCAUGGUGGCAUAAGAUUCGGCUUGAUAGAAACCACCAAAAUAUGGUGAAAUUCGAAAGAGAUGAUGAGGACUAUCAGAUAGUCUUGGGGUGUAUAAAAACAAAUUAGGCAUAGCUCACAACGAUACUUUCAUGGGACAGCAACAACUGGAAAUGACGCCAGCUCGGAUCGAUGAUCCAAAGGUAUUGAAUUCAAUCAUCAGAAUAAAGUCAUGGGGAAAGGAACACCGACGCAAAGAAGCCGAGGAGUCAUUAAAAGAAGAGCUUUCUCGCAGCGAGAAAGACAACGGGCUUUCAUCCGGAUC